AUGGCAGGGAAGGGUGCAGCCGUGAUAGCACGGGGUUGGCAGCUGGAGCAGCUAGUGCUGACGUGGAGCAUUGAAGACAUCUUUAACGAUGAGCUGCUACAAGAGAAGGUGCGGCCCAUACCAUCCACCUUCGCGGAUGUACCCUCGUACCUGUCUGCCUUCCGCUGGCCCCUGCUGGAGGAGUGCCGUGCAGGGCUCAAGCGCGGCCUUGAGCAGCUGUCUGCCACCGCCUCCACACGGGUCGUGGUCAGAGCGGUGCAGAGGAGUGGUGAUCGGCGGGCAGCGAGAACGGAUGUAUGUGGUGAGGUGGAGAGGGAUGACUGGCAGCAGCAGUCUGUGAGUUACUUCGGUGAUGACGGCUGCCAGGGCGAAGUGCGUGGGAGUUCAGUGCACAGUAGUGCACCGGAUGAGAUAGAACCACCGUGGUGCAUGGCGCCACAUGGCCAACCAACUGGUCGGUGCAGAGGCCAGUUGGUAGGCGCAGGGAAGGCACACUCAGAGCUGGCGUGCUGUGAUACGGAGGGAUUCUGCUAUGUGCGCUUUGAAGUGCAGCAGCAGCAGCCUGCAGGGGGCGCGGGGGCAGCAGCGAGGCUGCAGUGGGGAGGUGCAGCGAGGCUGAAACCCACAGAUGUGGUGUUGCUGUCCACUGUAGCUCCCUCUGGCCCUGCAGACCUGCUCUGCCCGGGGGUGCUGUAUCGCCUUGCUGUCCUUCUUGUGGAAAGAAACUCGUCCGGGGAGGAUGGAGAUGACAAUCGCUGUUUCCGGGCCAAAAUAUGCACUCCAGAGGGUUCCCCUGAGUAUCAGGGCAUGGUUGGGGCAGCAUGGUAUGUGACCUUUUUGGGUAGCUUGGCGACACCGCAGCGUGUGUGGGGUGCUCUGCAUGACCCGGUGCUUGAGGUGGGGGAGCUAGGAAGGGGUGGCGCAGGCACAGUGGAGGAGGGGAUGGAGGGCGAUUGGAGGCGGAGGAUGUUCAGGGAACUGCUGUGCUUGGAGCAGAGGCCGGGGAAUGGUGGGCUAAGGGCGGGAAUGAAGAGGGGAGGCGGAGAAGAGAGAGAGAGCGCCUCCACAUUUAUGCCAGUGCUUUCUAUCACUCCAGAAGACACUCCGCACCUCCUGCAAGCUGUUUCUCAAUUCUGCACAUCACGCCGACUCAACCAUCCCCAGCGAUCAGCAGUCCUUGCUUGCCUUAGGGGGCUGCUCUCAGCCACCACCGACGCUGCUCGUACCAGCAACUUCUUCUUUCCUCUUGGCCCCAUUUCGCCCUUCUCUUCGUCCUCAUCCUUCUUGUCCUCCUCCUCUCUCUUCGGUGCUGCUCCUCCUCUGCUGCAGCUCGUGCAAGGCCCGCCCGGCACAGGAAAGACUCACACGCUUUCUGUGCUCCUCUCGGUCGCGCUCGCUCUCGGUGUUCGCACCCUCGUCUGCGCGCCCACCAACGUGGCCGCAGCUGAAGUUGCCAGGCGAAUGCUGCGCCUCGCUAUGUCCCCCGACACUUCCUCCCACUUCCCAGGCUUCUGCCAGGCACAACAGCAGCAGCAGCAGCGGCACGGAUGGUCGUCCCAGUUGGAAAAGUCGUUCUCGACUGGAGGGCAGCUGCGCGUUGGAGAUAUCGUCCUGCUGGCGAGUGAAGACAGGCUGGCGGUAGACCCAGAGCUGGAUUUGAUUCUCCUGGGGGAAGGGAGGAGGAGGGAGCCCGGGGUAUUUCCGAAGCGGAAGGGGUGUGUGUGCCGUGGACGGGUAGCGCGGCUGCUGGGAGCUUUGUCUUUGCAGUCAGGCUGGAGGGCGUCUGUGCUCACUCUGAUGAGCUUUCUUGAGAAUUCAGCGGAUGAAAUGAGCCGGGUCCACCGGGCACACUUAAAGAUGCUGGAGAUGAGGAUCAAAGAGGAUCUGGGUUGGAAAAACAGCAAGACGCAAAGCAAGAAAGGGACAGAAGGCCUUCCGAAUCUGCUUGAGUUCUUCCAGGAGCGUGUGGCUCAGCUCAUUGACCCUGCUUUGGAGGGCGCGGUGAGCUUGGCUCACCAUCUGCCGUCCGCCCUUUUGCCAGAGCGCGAGCGUGUGCUGCUGCUGCAGGCGGGCGAGCUGUUGGCAGCCUUGCGGCACCUCCUGCUUUGCCCAGGGCUCUCAUCUGAUGCCGUACUAAGCUGGCUUGAUGGGUCACAUACAGGGGAGGAGGAUGAUUUCGAGUUCAGCAUCUCAUCAGUCCUACAGGAGACUGCUGUGCUUCUUGCUCCUUUUGAGAAUGUCGACAGGGGUGGCGGAAUUAAGGAUUGCUCCAGCUGGGCCGGCAGGAUGCUUAGGUUGGGAACAAGGGGAUCCAUCAACAAUCAAGCCGCCGCAAGCGCUACUACCAGCACCAGUGAGUCUUUUGCCAUAAGCAACGACUCCACUGCUGCCAGCAGCUCAACCAGGGAUGCGCGCAUCUCUCUCCCGCAAGCCGAGUGUCUCUUCCACUCCAUCCGCCGCCACCUGAAGCACAUCGCCAAGCAGAGCCCUGCCUUCCACAUCCCCACCCUCAGCAGCAACCCAUCAGCUGCCACCGUGGCCACUCAGUGCGUGGCAGGUGCACGCCUCGUCCUCUCCACCGUCUCCUCCUCUGCCCGCGCUCUCGUCCGCUGCUCGGGCCACUUUCCACUGCUGCUGCUGGACGAGGCGGCUCAGCUAGUGGAGGCGGAGUCCCUGGUGGCCCUGCAGGCGCGCGGGCUGCGCUAUGCCGUGCUGGUGGGGGACCCCAAGCAGCUGCCUGCUACCGUCAUGAGCAAGGUGGCAGUGCAAGGCCACUACAACCGCAGCCUGUUUGAGCGCCUGCAGAGCACCGGGUGGCACGCAGAGCUGCUGAGCGUGCAGUACCGCAUGCACCCGGACAUCAGCCGCUUCCCCUCGCACGGCUUCUACCACGGCCGCAUCGAGGACGGCCCCAACGUGUGCCAGCCCUCGCACUGCCCUCCGCACCUGCAUCUGCUGUUUGGCCCGUACAGAUUCUUCCAUGUGAGGGGGCGUGAGGAGAGGGACUCUGCGGCUGUGGAUGCAGGCAGCCGCAGCGUUUCCAAUUCGGUGGAGGCUGCCGUUGUGAUUGCUCUGCUCACGCGACUCUCCACAGGCAAGGAGGGCGGGGGGGCUGUGAAGGUGGGGCUCAUCUCGCCGUACGCCCGCCAGGUGGAGCUGCUGCAGCGCGCCGUGGAGGCCAAGCCGUGGCCCUCCCUGACUGUGGAAGUUAACACAGUAGACGGGUUCCAGGGCAGGGAGUGUGACGUUGUUGUCGUCAGCACUGUUCGCUCCAACAGCUCGAGAAGCAUCGGAUUUGUCGCGGAUCCUAGGCGUCUGAACGUGGCCAUCACCCGUGCGCGCCAUGCUCUGUGGGUGGUGGGUGACGCACACACGCUGCAGAGGGGAGACAACAUGUGGGCGCAGCUGGUGCAGGAUGCGGAGAGGCGCGGGUGCCUGGUGGAGGCUGGGAGCGAUGAAGGACUGGCAAGAGCUGUGGAGAGGCGGUGGGUGCAGGUGGGGGAAGCGCAGCAGCUGCUGAAGCCCCAUUCAGGGCUCUGGGUCGGCCUGCACUGGGAGUGCAGUGCUGGUUGCAGAUUUGACCCGCGCUGUUCUGUGUGCACUCUCUCCCCUCCUUUCCCUCCCUUCCCAUCUUCUGCCCCCCGUUUUCUUCUCUCUGCACCUUUACGUCGUGCCUCCCGGCCGCCUGCUGCCCACUACCGGCAGGCGGAGUUCAGCCAGGAGUUUCAGCGCAGCAUGCGGCAGGCGCCGUCGUUGGAGGUGAUCAAUGCAGUGCGGCGCCUCAUGCAGGGCCACCGCCCGCAGUGGGACACGCGGCCGCGGCACGAGCUCAGCGACCCGCGCUACCACGACAUCAUUCACGUGCAGCCCGUGGGGCGGGCCUUUCUCAUCUGGACCAUAAUCAAGGUAUGGGACGUGGUGCCAGAGCGCGGGGUGCUGCCGUGGCUGCACCGCCUGGCGAAAGGCCUGGCCUCAUUCUCAGACCAGCGCCUUGACUGCUGCGCCGCAAGCGCACCGGGCUCCGCUCGCAGGGUGCGCCCUCGCCAGUUCAGCAGGCAUGCUCCUUUCGAGUGGUGGAGGGGGCAGCAGAUCCACCAACUGCCAGCCUCACACCCAGAAUUAGCUGCCAUUCCGGAGCGAGCACCCGUGGAUGAAAACGUGCUGCUGAUGAAAUUCUACCCGCUUUCUCUAGGCUCCGCCCAGCACCUGAUGGCAGCAGUUCCGGGGGAGUGGCUGUUCAAGCUGAACGAGCAGCAAGCUGAGAUAGUCCACUCCAACUGCACUGCUUUUGUGCUCGGCCGAUCAGGCACGGGCAAGACGACAGUGAUCACCCACCGCCUGCUGCUGCUGGAGCACACGUUCCGCCGCGCCAUGGGCGAGAGGCGCCUUCUCACUCAUGCGGCCACUGGACGCAGCAGUGCCUGGCCGGGCAGAGAGCAGGGCGACUGGGGGACAUGUGAGGAGAUUGAGGAGAGUGAGGGAGACGAGGAUGAAGGGAAGAGUGGGGGGGAGGGAGAGGAGGAAAGGGGUGGACUGCGCCAGGUGGUUGUGACCCCGAGUGCACGCCUGUGUGCUGCUAUUAAGCACUAUGUGAACAAGGCCACGAGGACUAUGCUGCAGGCAGAGGAGCAUGGCGGUGCCUGGUUGCCCAAUGGACGCGCGGGGAGAGGGGAGGGAGAGAAACAGUCGCCACCGGCAGGGGAGGAGGGGCAGGAUGAGCUGCUGUUGUUGGAGGAAGCAGAGGAGAAACUUCUGGGUGACCUACCAGAGGCUCUGGAUUCAGUGGCGCCAGCUGCCUUCCCUCUUGUACUCACAUUCAAGAAGCUUCUCAGCAUGGUGAAUGCCACGCUGUCACACCCGUUCCAGAUGGAAGGGAGCAGCACGGGCAGUGGAUGGGGCCGAGGAGGGUCCAUGGGAGGUCGAUGGAGUGGUAAUGGCUUGCCUGGUGGCAUGAUUGCAGUGUGGGAUGAGGAGAAUGAUGAGGAUGACUAUAGUGAGGAUGAAGAUGAGGAAGAGGAUGAGGGGGGGCUGUUUAGUGUACAGAGGUGGCGUGGGGGCAGGCUGCCAUGCGUCGGCGGCAGCACUAGAGCCAGCACCACUGGAAUAGCCACCAGCAGCAGCAUUCUCAGCAGAACAUGUGGCAGCAUCAAAAGUAGCAGCGGCACUGCUGCCGCAUGGGCUUCAGAGGUUGACUACGAGCGCUUUGAGGCAGUCUACUGGCCGCGGCUCAACGCAGCAACCACCCGUCAUCUCGAUGCGUCCGCGGUGUUCAAGGAGAUCUUCUCCCACAUCAAGGGCUCCCUGCACGCGCUCAGGACACCGCACGGCCGCGUGUCUCUGCAGGACUACGUGCUGCUGGCGCGCACGCGCACGUCCAGCUUAAACGAGGAGCAGCGCGCAGCCGUGUAUGGGCUCUUUUUGCAGUACGAGAGGCUGAAGCGGCAGAGAGGGGACCACGACAUGUGCGACUACGUGUUCCACGUGUACAAGCAGCUGGAGAAAGGGGCUACAAGGCUUUGGACCCCCGCUGCGGCUGCUACAGGCUCUGCCUAUGGUAGCACCAGCUCUCCUCACCAUGGCAGCCGGCCUGGCGUUUCGUCAACUGCAAUCGGGACAAGCAGGGCUGUUGGCGGUGGGGGGAAAGUCGUUGCAGGGCCACCAUUUCAGUAUGUGUAUGUGGACGAGGUGCAGGACCUGACCCAGGCACAGAUUGCCAUGCUGCAGUUCCUCUGUUCCAAUGUCGCCUGCGGGUUCUUCUUUGCCGGUGACACUGCCCAGACCAUCGCCCGCGGUGUGGACUUUCGAUUCCAGGACAUCCGACGGCUCUUCUACGAGCUGUUUCUGGGAAAAGGGACGGCUGCUUCUGUUGCAGACGGGGUGGAGAGGAGCGAGGAAGUGGAUGCAGGGAGAGGGGAGGCUGGUGGUGGGGUUAGUGGCAGAGAGAUCGUGGAGAGUGGGGGGGUCGAUGAGGCGAAGGAAGGAAGGUGCGGAGGAGAGAAGGGGGGUGUGUGCGAGAAGCAAGGGAGGUGGGCGAGGGCAAUAGAGUCGCGCGGGAGGCAGAGGCAGUCGGCCAGGGGGAAGAGGAUUCAGGAAGAGGUUCGAGGGGAGGGAAGCGCAGGGAAAGAGGCCACAGUUUUGAAACCCUGUGCGGCCUUUUCAAAGGGUGGCGCAGGCACUGGGAUAAUCACAGCAGAAGCAGCUAUUGACAAGGUUGCAGGCACCAGGAAUGGGGGAGAGGAGGAUGCACGCAAGGGCCAAGUGGAGGAUCGUUCGUCUUGCACUGAGAUGCCAGACCUGCUCUUCCUCUCGCAGAACUUCCGGUCGCACAGCGGCAUCGUGCGAGUGGCAGACAGCGUGGUGCGCUUGCUGCUUCACUUCUUCCCCCACUCUGUCGACCGCCUGCAGCCCGAGUUCAGCCAGCAGCAGGGCGAGCCGCCCGUGUUCCUCCAGUCCACCGGCAGCCGCGACCGCGUGGCACAGCUGUUUGGAAAGCGCGGGGGCAUUGGAGGAGGUGGAUGUGAAUUCGGCGCCGAGCAGGUGAUUAUAGUGCGAGACGCAGCGCGGCGAACGGAACUGGUGGAGCGCACUGGCUUGCGAGGGCUCGUGCUCAGCGUGCAUGAAUGCAAGGGGCUGGAGUUCCAGGAUGCUCUGAUCUACAACUUCUUUUCUCACUCCCUGCUCGCAUCGGGUUGGCGCCUGCUGUAUGAGUACAUGCGGCAGCACCACCUCAUACCCUCAACCGCACAAAGCAGCUCCUCCAGUCAGUGGCAGUGCCCUGCCUUUGACCCAAGAAGGCACAACCUGAUGUGCAGCGAGCUGAAGCAACUGUACGUGGUGCUCACGCGAGCGCGGCAGCGGCUGUGGAUCUACGAGGAGGACGAGGCGGCAAGGCAGCCGGCCAUGGACCUGUGGGAGGCGAUGGGGCUGGUGGUGGUGCGCCCACUGACCACCGAUCUCAUUGCGUCCAUGCACACUGAGUCAUCGCCAGAGAAAUGGCACAAGCGGGGCCUCGAGAUGUUCAACGCUGGCCAGUUUGAGGCAGCAAAGAUGAGUUUCGAGAGGGCGGGGGACGAGCGCAGAGCAGCAGUGGCACAGGCCGCACUGCUGCAGCAGACGGCCAAGAGGCUGCAGGGCACAGACCACUGGCGGGCCUGUCGAACCUUCCUGGAAGCCGCGCAGGCGUUUCUGGCGGUUGACCGUCCGAGGGACGCUGCAGGGUGCCUCGCCAGCGCUGGAGAGAUGGAGCGAGCAGCAGCUGCCACAUACCGCAACAUGUGCAAGCCACCACAGUGGGAGAAAGCGGCAGCAUGCUACUUGCAGGCUGGAAAGGGCUCAGAUGCUGCCGAGUGUCUGGCCCAGGCGUGGCUAGUGGAAGCUGUGUGCUCACAAGCCAGGCUCUACAACCUAGGCCUCUCGCUCAUUCAUUCCUGGCAGGCGCAGAUUGCAGACGGGCUGAGAGCGGUGAAAGGGAAGGACAAGCAGGAGCAGCAUCAAUCGCAGCACUGGGUUAGCGGGGACAUGUGUGGCAGUAGCAGCAAUGGACUGGUUCCGCCUCUCUCGGUUAACUCAGCUGGAGGAGGUGGGACGUUCGCCUCUAGUUUGGAAAGCGCUCGAUGGGAAGGGGAGAGCGCUCAAAAGGUUGCAAGGGAGAGCAGUACUGCUGCGUGUGCUCCAGGGGAAGGGGAGACGUGGAAGAUGCGGCAGGGGCUGGUCACAAGGCUGAGUUCUGAUUUCCUGUGUGACGCUGCGAAGUUUUUCUAUCGGAAGAAGGAUAGGGGGAAGAUGAUGAAGUAUGUGCUCCGGUUCCCAGCCGCAGCGGAGAAGCGGCGAUUUUUGGAAAGGCGAGACUUGUUUGAGGAGCUGUUGCAGGUUGAGGUGGCUGAGGGGAACUUUGAGCAGGCAGCCACAGCAAAACUGAAGAAGGGCGAUAUGCUGGGAGCAGCUGAAAUGUUUGUUCAGCAAACGAUGUGGGGCAGGGCGUUUGAUUGUGCAAUGGAAGCUGCCCGUGUUGCCAGCAUGUGGGCGAAUGGGAACAACGGGUGGCCCCUGAAUUGCAGCAGCAGUAUGAGGAGGGAGGGAGGUGAGGAGCAGGAGGAGGAGGAGGAUAAGGAAGUGGGUGAAUGCGCACAGGUGACCACAGGUAGGAACGACGGUUGGAGCUGGAGGUCAGAAGUGAGGAAAUGGAUUGGAAGGGGAGCAGCGGCGAGGGUUGAGGGAGUUGGGGAAGAAGGUCAAAAGAGCUGGAGUGGAGGGAGCAGGAAUGCAUUGGAGCUGGCGGUUGCCAUCUGGCUGACACAGGAGGAAGCAUCGGUGUGCAGGGGGGCAGGCAUGGUAGCUGGAUUUGUAACAAGGGAAGGGGAGAGAGGGUCUGGGAAGGAAGCAAGGCGUCUAGCUCGGAGUCAGCACAUGGGGGGGAGUGCAGAGCAGGGAGAAGGAGCAAGGGAAGGUGAGAGGGAGGUGGAUGCAGAGCAGGGGUUGGAGGCUCUGACCCUGCUGCUGCUUAGCGAGUGGAUUCAACUAAAGGGUGGCACUGGGGACAUGGAAACACUGUGGUGCCAGCUGACUAGUUGGGAGCGGGGUCGGAGCAUUGCUGCUGAAGUGCUGUGCAGCUGGAAGGCUCUGGAGCUGAGCGUAGAGAAAUUCAACUUACUUUCUCACACCACCUCCUCCCUCUCCGCUGCCCCCCCUCUCACAAGCACCGCUGCCCCUCUGCCCAACACAGAGCAUCUCCCGAGCAGAAUACCUGUAUUGCGUCAACCGCAGCCAGUGCAAGCCAGCGUAGGUGGGUGGAGGCGGCCCUUGGGAGGAGGCGGACAACAGGGUAUGCAGCAGGUGCAGCAAGGCGUGAGGAGUGAGCAGCCGAGAGAUGAAUCUUGGCCAGGCGGUUUCCAGCAGCUGGUGGCGCAGGUGGAGGAGGUGCAGCGCUGGUGGGGUGAGUGGAGUGAGAGGGCUGCGCGAAUGCUGGCGGCGCUGCAGAGGUUGUGCAGGAGGAGAGAGGUGCCGGCAGAUCAGCCCUGGCUAGAUGCAGCCUUUCAUUUGCUUGCCGCCACACCCCCCACUGCCUCCAGUACAGCAGGGGUUGUGUCCACAGCUGCCCACACUGCACCUCCUACCUUGGAUUUGCCGACCCACUCCAUCCUGGUGGGUCUGUCCUGUGCCUCCUGGCUUCUCCCUGUGCGUGCUGCCGUGACCCGCCUGCCCAAUCAGGGCACUCGCGGAGAAGUAGCAAGGGAGGCUGCAGCUGAGGCGGGUGCCAUUUACUGGUCCAGGCAGGUAGUGGCUGUGGUGCAAGGCUGCCUGCAGGUCUUGGACGUAGCCAUGUGCAGGACGAGCGUGGCAUUGCAGCAGAUGGGGCGUGGAAACGAACUGAUGUUGCGAGGAAUGGGACGACAGCUACCAGGGCCAGUGGUGGCUCAGGGAGGAUGCAAGGUUCAUAAUUUUCAGCAGCAGCAGCAGCAGGGGGCUGCGAGGGAAGGGAUAUCCCAUGCAGCGUUACUGCGUCUGCAGUGCAAGUGGCUCGUGCAGUACCUUGAGAUGCUGGAACGAGCCCUGCAGUGCUGCAAUGGCGCCACCAAGGCCUCUCAACGGCCCCAUGGUCACUCCACAACGGACCGGGUCUCAUCGAAAGAGGGGAAUGGUCACAAGUCGGCAGAGGCACGAGAGCUGGAGGGCGCUGCGAGCAUGUUGGAGAGGCUGCAGGACAGCCUGGCCCGGCGCCUGCUGCAGCAUGUGAUGCCGGUGGGCGCGCCCCUUCCCCGUGACGUGGCGCUGCUGGCUGCGGAGGAGCGAGCACAGGAGAGCACUGCCUUUGCGCUGCACUGCUGGGCUCUCAGGCUGCUUGCUCAGUGCGUGGAUGGGGCCACACGGCAGGACCCGGUCACGCGGGACAAGGAAGGAGUCGUGUGGGGUUCAAUUGGAUUGGGGUCUGACAUGCAUGAGCCCGUGCUUUUGGCUCUGUUGGGUGACUUGCUGCUAGUGCUGCCGCUGUUGGGCACCCGAUGGGUCCACAGGCAUGGCGGGGAGCUGCUGCAGAGGCAGUCCAGCCUGCCUCCUGUGCACGCUGCGGUGCUGAGAGCGGUGGUGCAUGAAGAUGCCGUCCGGUUGUUCUUGGAGCAGCGGCACAGCCAUGGCGCUGCCGUCACUCUUGCCAGCACCGAGUCGGUGGCUGCUCUCCUGGAGGCGCUCACUGUGAGUCUGUGUUCGCUGUUCGGUGGCUGCUCUCCUGGAGGCGCUCACUGCAGUGAGUAUCAGCUCAAAUCCCAGCUGACUCGCCUGCAUGGCGUUAUCAAGUCCCUUCUUCAGCAGCAGGGCGCAUUACAGCAGCAGUGGGGGUCAAGUUCCGAUGCUGCUGGUGACUCUACCCCUCACUUUCUCCGUCUACUCACCCUCCUCCUUGCUUCAUCAGCCAAUGUCCCGGCUUUCCACAACAGCACGGCUGCCUUCCUCC